CUGGUACGACAUCAAAACUCCUCCCAUCAUUUCCAAGCUAUAUAUAAUCACGUAUCGAUGCCACAGUCAAUCAUCCCAGCAUCUCUCGAACAUCAUGAAGUACCUUCUGUUCUUUACCUUGGCCUUAAUGGCCGCCAUCACCAGCUCUGCAGAGGGAUGCAUGUCAGAAGACCAUGGUGCAAAUCAUGGAGCUGACAACAGUCACGAAAUCGACGACGAAGAUGUUUCCACAACAGUCAAGCAUUCGGUUGUGGCGAACACAGUUCAUGUUGAAGCCACCACGACAGCCAAACACUCCAAUGAGACUGCACCUUCUGCUGAGGCUGGACACUCUGCUACUGGUGUUGCUCGUUCCACCGAGAGGCCGAUUAUUGUUGUCGUCGAACACACGAACACAACCACGCAAGCAACUGUGGCAGAGAACAUUACCUCCACCCCGAUGACAGUCACCUCGAUGAAGCCUGUUGUGGUUUUCCAAAAUACAACUGAAAAACCAGGCAAUGUUAUCCACGAAGAAGUCAACAAAACAUCAGUCACUACUCCAGUUGCAAUGGCAACUGUUGCAGAUGUAAUCAAUUCUACUGAAAAACCAGCUAAACUUACCCCAGAGAUGACGACUACAGCCCCAACUACUAUCCCGAAAGACAUGUCUACUCACAUUGUUAACCAAAUGAAUGUCAACAAAACUACAGCUGCAGUUAUGACAACUUCGCCGAUGCCAAUGAUCGUUACUGCUGCAACAACAAUCAGAAGAGAAAAACGACAAGCUAAUGCCACUAUGAAAAUACCUACGACUCCAAAGACCCCAGUAUUUGGAAGCAGAUUCCCUACCAGAGUCCCAACGCCAGUAACACGUAAAGCUCGUCAGGGUACGACCAUUGGCCCGGCAACCACUGCAUCACGUACAACCACUGCAUCACGUACAACCACUAAACCGAAAACGGUAACCAAACAGCCAGGACUUUCUCCUGUGGCGCCGUCCAGGGUCCGUGUACCAAUGACGAUGAAGCCACAGCCGGUCACCACUGGACCAAUGCCAGUGCACGGUUAAAUGUAUUUCAAAAGAAGCAAAAUUAUUUUCGCCUUGACGACUUUCACUACCUAAAUUUAUUUUUCCUUUUCGAGUUGACGCUAGCUUUUCUUCUUCGUAUCGAUUAAAUAUUCUUUUCUCUAAAUGGAUUCGCGUGAAAAACUGAAAUAAAACAAAAGAAACUCUUUUCAAAA